AUGUCCGAACCAGGCCCUGAUUCCAUCCCCACAAGCGCCGACCCCCGCAGCAAGCGCCCCGUAAAGCGACGCGCCGUAACCCCCCACGGCGAACAAGCCUCACAAAUCGAGCAUCUCUUCCGCGACCCAAGCAAAGAAAUCCGCCUGCCUACUGCGUCCCAACAGCGAACCGCGUCGUCGCUCCCUGCGCCCCCCGAAAUCGUCGCAAAUGUGCAAGGGUCCUCGGCUGGUGCGGGGUCGGGCGAGUUCCAUGUCUACAAGGCGAGUCGGCGGCGCGAGUAUGAGCGGUUGAAGUUGAUGCAGCAGGAGGUUGAUCGGGAGAAGAACGAGAGUGAGUGGGCGAAGAAGAUGGAGGAGACGAGGAAGAAGGAUGAGGAGAAGACGGAGAAGAAUCGUAAACGGAGGGAAAAAAGGAAUGCGGCGAAAAGGGGGAAGAAAAAGGGGCCGUCUGCUGGCGCUGGUGGUAACACUGAGAAAGAGGUUGAUGGUGAGAUGGAUGUUACGGAGGAUGCGAAGGCGACGAAUGGCUCUGGGGCAGGAAUGGAUGGGGAGGCAUAUGCUGAUACGCCUGGUGUCAUUAUUCAUGACGAUUGA